AUGAACGCACCAAUCUGGUGGCACGAGGACAAGGCCCGCUACAUGGCGAUGCGCCGCAUCCAACGCGAGAACGCCGAAUUCGAGCGUCUCGACAUCGUGAUCCAAGGGCCUGACCCAUCUCGCCUGGCACGAAACCGCCCGCCCCCGCCAAGUCGACGGCAGAGAAUCGUCGACAAGCUUCAGGAAAUGAAGCUGAAGCUCAAGGGCUGGGCUGGUAAGUUGAAGAAGAAGAAGGACCGAGAUUUGUGUGUAGGGAUGCCGCGCAGACGCCCCGGGUUUUGUGGGUAA